AUGGCUACACCCGCGGAAGUGGCGACGCCGCCAGUGCAGUACAUUCCGAUGACAACAAGCGCACGAAACUCUUUGAUAGCCAUUGGCUGUCUAUGUGUCGUCUUCGUGUCCGUGGUAUUUGCGCGCUUAUGGGGUCGAUUCAGGGGAAUCGGGAUCGGAGGAGACGACAUUCUCGCCGUCAUUGCUUGCCUGUUAUCGUGCAGUACCAUCGGCCUGAAUGUUGCCGUCUUCACAUCAGGAGUUGGCUAUGACUUUGACCCAGAGUCCGACGUUUAUCCAAAACUUGUCAACAAUCUGCAAUACAUCCUCAAGGUGACUUUUGCAUUCACGCUCGUCUAUCUCUGGGCUUUAGCAUGCUUAAAGCUCAGCCAACUUUGGUUUUACCACCGCGCGUUUUCCUUGCAAUUGAGCAGGUGGAUCUACGUUGUCGCAGGAAUCGUUGUUGUUUGGGCUCUGACUUUUACGUUCCUCUUCAUCUUCCUUUGCGAUCCUAUUUCGCAACAAUGGACUGUCAUGCGCAUUGGUCAUUGCAUGGACCAAAUCCUGGUUCUAAAGUGCAUCAUUAUGACCAACGUCAUAACUGACUUGUUUAUUGUCAUAUUGCCCAUCUGGACCGUCUGGCAACUCCAAAUGAGGAAGACCGAGAAGUUUGCUGUCAUCUCCUGUUUUGCUCUUGGCCUGGCGUGCUGUGUCAUUGGCAUCGUUCGCUUCGUGCUGAUAUUCACCAUCGAUCUGAUCGGAAACCUCACGGGUACCUCAAUCACCACCUUCAUGCUCUGCACCAUUGAGCUGAUGCUCGCGGGUCUUUGCAUCAACAUUCCUAUGCUUCGACCUUUCUACGUACGAUGGAGAGCGAGAUACAAGUCUUCUUCCAUGGAGAACUCCAACGAACAAAGCGGCUACAAGCAUGGGUCAAGCAAUCAACUCAAGGUCCAGCCAAAGCCAGGCCAGUACACUGCCUGGAUCGAGUUGAACGACAAAGAUGGCCACGAGACAGUCAGCAACGACGACGGCGGAUCCGAGAGAAACCUGACGAGGGAGCAACCGAGCGACGCGAUCCAUGUGAAAACAAACUGGAAGAUCACCAGGGAAUAA